AUUGGUAUUAAUUGAUUAGUUAAAAAGUAUCUUCGUACUUUGCAAUACUUAUAAAGUAUUAUUAACUUUCGACUAUCACUUUUAACCUAAAAGGACAGAUACGUAGUUAGAAAGCGCAGUUAGAAUUUGUUAUUAUAUACAAAUAAUGAAUCCAAAUUCCCUUUCCCCAUUGCCAAAGAAUACUAUAAUAAUCUUUCGGAUAGCAACGUAAUAGAUCAUGCGUAAUAUAAAAUGUAUAUUAUGAUCGAACGUCGCAAUUAAUCGAAGAAUCGAAAGAGAUUGUAGAAACUGUGUAUGUACGUAUAUAUACACACAUAGUAAGUAGGCUUUCUCGAAAAAAAAAAAUUUGUCCAUGGCGGCGUAAAAAACUUUGAAAAUAGUGAAACAGUUAUCGGAUGAUCAGUCGUUCUUGAGAAAGGAUACGAAAGAAGGCAGGAAGAAAGGAAGGAAGGUAGAGAGAAGGAGUGAGUAACGUGGUAGGAGGUUGGUCGCGAUUGAAUUUCAGUCGAAGCGCGCCAGGCAGAGCGAACGUGGGUCUCGACUGGGCUAGUCUUCUUUUUUUCGUGUUCUAUUCUAUCUCUUUCACUGCGACUGCGCACGAGGAGAGCGCGAGUUUGCUGCUCGGCCUCGGUAAGCGCGUGUUACGUCGCGCGCGCGCGCGCGCUCGCGCGUUCUCUCGAUUCUCUCCGUGCGUUCGCGUUUCAUACCGAACAGCGUGCGGUAUCUCUCCUGCAUCUUCCUUGUGAUAUUCCGGACGACGAAUAGAAAAGAAAGAUAAAGGAAAAUAAGUGAAACUGGUGCGGUGUUGUGAGGUGUAAUGUGUUGUGUUCGUUACUCGAGAUGGAUGCGUUUCGAGAAGCGAACGAGAGCGUGUCUCGUACAAAGAAUUCGUUGGUGUGAUCGUCUAGGAACAAUUUUGAUUACGAGAAGAAAAGAGAAGCCAAGUUAAGCGAGAAUGGAAUUUGGUGGUUACAAAGGGACCGGAUCACGCGUCAGGAUGCGUCGACGUGCAGAAUUGGGAAGACGUUUAACAAGGAGACUCUCAUUGGUCGCAAAAAUGCCGGCUGCCAUUCUUAACAGAGCAAAUCCGCCCGAACUUAGAUCAAUCGAGAUCACUGCAAUCGCACCCGACAAGACUCAACUCGCGCUAUCUGCCUCGUCUCCGGGAGCUAUAUCUCCUGUGGUUGCACCCGUUCUUUUGAAGUACCGAGUAUGCAAGCCAAGAUUAUUGCUCGCUGGUUCGAGAGCUGAAAUCGAUCCUGCAGCCGAUGUUGCACUCCUUCAUGGAGAAAUUUUGCUGAUCGAAGAUGCAGCAAGACAAUACGAUCCACGAGGUGAUAUCGAUCGAAGGUAUAGAGCAACGGAGAAACUUUUACACGCAGAGGAAGACUAUCGAGAGACGUUGUGUAGCGCGAAAGAACUCUACGCCCGACCACUCGCUCGAACUUAUCCCGAAUUUCACGACGUCAUUUUCCAACCACUUGCCGAUCUUUCAAGAGUCAGUAGUGAACACUGUCAAAGGAUACACAAAGUACUUGAGAAUUGGGAUGCCAGUACUUUCAAACAGAGUGACUUAUUUCCAAAUUCUUUCUGGAAGUCUUAUUGGGAAUAUCUGGAGAGCUAUAGCGAGGCUAGAAGAACCCUGGAGGAAUUGAAAGCUUCUGAGGACACUCUGCUACAUUUUCUUACUUUGAGACAAGCUGCUGCGAGACAUUCGCCAUUGUCUUUACUUCUUCUACCGGUCCAAAGGUUAGCUGAAUAUGAAAGGUAUCUCGGACAAGAAGCGAGAAAUUUGUCAGAGAACGGAAACGGAACUGUCGGAAGUGGUUCCGUCUUACAACGUGGCCAACUCGAGGGUGACCUUCAUCGUAUCCAAGAGCUCUUUCCCGGUGACAAUUUGCGACUGCAUGAACGAGAUGUCCUUACCACGAAAAUGAAGAGUCUGAUUCGUAAGAGGAACGGUACAAAUCCAGGCAGAUUAACUAGAGUGUUGUCCCAAAAAUCUCUAAAUGUUUCAAAUAAUUCACCGCCCUCGAAGUCACCACCUAGAACAUUUCUUUUGGAAACACCGGUACAAUUUACAACGGGUAUGCAAUCACAAGAAAGACAUCUUUUCCUGUUCUCCGACCUCCUGCUGAUCGCGAAAGCACGAAGCGGAGGAAACUUCAAGUUGAAACAAUCCGUGAGGAUGAGCGAACUCUGGCUCACCGCCGGUCAUAUAGAUGACGUAGCGGAAACGAGCAAAUCUCAGGAAACCAGCUUCGUACUUGGCUGGCCAACGACGAACGUCGUGGCUACCUUCAUGACCGCAGCGGCAAGAGAUCUUUGGUGGGGUCGUCUUACCGAGCUUGUACGAGAGGAAAGCAUGAAGGAACCACCGGAUACGAACAUUCAAGUCGUGUAUCACGACAGCGACACGAACACGGAAUACUGUAAAACGAUAAUGGUUGGAUCCGAAAUGACGGCGGCAGCUUGUGUGAACUUGGCGACUAGACUGUUGGAUCUUCAAGGACCGUUUCAACUUUGGGCCAGAACGUCGUCGGACGAGGCGCCGUAUCCUUUGAUCGGUCACGAAAGACCGUUCGCCGUGAAAAUGUCGAAUCUACGACAUACCUUAUCGGCCGAGGAAGGUUUCGACUUGGAACAUUGUAAUAAAUCUGGUCAUGACACUUGUCACUUUAUUCUCCGACCUGUAUCGAAGUCACCGAUAAAGAAGAACAAGUCGAAGAUCACGGGUCUGUUGAGAAGAUCGCUUUCCUUAAAUCCCAGCAUUUUCGGUGUCAAUUUAUCGAGGUUGGACGAAAACGGAUUACCAAAGCCCGUCUUGGUCAUGCUUCAGCAACUCUUCGCGAAGGGACCAUUCACACAAGGUAUCUUCCGAAAGUCGGCGAAUGUACGAAUCGUACGAGAGUUGCGUGACCAAAUCGAGUCUACCGGUGAUCCGAGUUGUUUGGAAGCCGCACCGAUCAUAGCUGUGGCAGCUUUAUUGAAGGAUUUUCUUCGAUCUUUACCCGACCCACUUUUAACUUCUCAUCUAUUUCCUCUUUGGAUGGACAGUCUGGAAACACCAAAUCCUGUUCACACUAUUAAGAAUACUCUUGAUAGGUUGCCUAAAGCGAAUUAUACGUUGCUCUCGCAUUUGAUAUGCGUGUUGCAUCACAUAGCUAGGAGGUCGAAACACAAUUUGAUGUGCGCCAGUAAUCUCGGCGUUUGUUGUGGUCCGAGCCUUCUCUGGUCGCCAAAUCCUUCGGUAAAUCAAGGUAGGGCGAUUCCUACGUUGACGGAGAUGCUGAUUCGUCAUUGCGAGGUUCUGUUCGGUGAAGGUGUCACGCAACUUCUCGGUGAGGAACGUAGCGACAGUGGGGCCGAAGAAAGCACGGACAGCCUGCACUCAGGUGGGCUUUCUUUGGACAGUCUGGAUCUAACGGAACCUCCACGCAAAGAUCAUAUGUCCCUUUCUCGUGAUUCGGGCUUGACACUAUCCGAUUGUCAGCUCUUCAUCCCGGAGUCACCAGUCGGUUCGGAAGAUUCCGCUGUAAACGCGACGUCAUCGAGCUACGACAAGCCUUUGUUGAAAGAAGAUAACAAGUCUUAUGGAAAAACUUACAUCCGUGUUUAUAGCGGCUGGGAAGAAAGAAUGAAUUAUGCAGCAAAUGGGGGUCACCAUCAUUCGAAUAACGUGGAACAUAUUUUUAGAGAAGAAAGGAACAACGUGGGUUACCCAAAUCCAAACUUUCAACGGCAAGACUGGCUUAGAGCUCAGUUAAAAAGAACGCCGAGAUCUAAGCUGGAUGAGCACGAACACCGCAAGGAGAGAUACGAUGAGAAAGACAUAUACGGUAGAGAUUACCUCAGACAAGAUUCCAUGAAAGAGAAUGUAGAAAAUUGUAAGGAUAUUUAUAGGACUUCUCAGUUGGACAUAUCUCGUGAACUUAGAACCGAAUACGAAAGAACGUCGCAGCAGGAGAUCUGUAAGGAGAGAGUUUCCGAUCAGGAUCUAUCAAGUGACACAUCCUUAUCGAACGAUCGGUAUGAAUUCAAGAAAGAGCAUUUCGGUGAAUUUAAAAAAGUCAAUUCGGAAAUCUAUGUAAAUCGUGAUUCACCGGUGUCGCAUAACGGCAGCUACCAUUCCAACGGCGAUCUCUAUGAAUUCAAGAAAGUCAAGAGCGAGAUUUACGUGAACAAGGAGAGUACUCGUACCGAAAGAUACGAGUCGGAUAGCAGUAUAUAUGGUAAUAGGGAGAGAGUGAACGAACUUUACGGAUCAUCCCGAGAAAGAAACGAUCUUUACUCGUUUAAACAGGCUGAGGCUAUCGAUUUGUAUGGUGAUGAAGACGAAGAUGAAGAGAGAAUUUGGCCGGAUACGCCACCACCUUUGCCACCGAGACUCAGGCACUUACCACCGGUUCACAUGAAUCUUGAGGAUAGACACAAGGUUGCCGGUAGAUCCAGAUCUUUACCACCACCUCCACCCUAUCGACCACCACCUCAACCUCGUGCACCGAUCACUACCAGGCAUAUGGGAUAUGGAAGAUCCGUCGUAGAUGAUGAAAGUUACGUUUGAAAGGGGAAUCUCUUGAAAAACUCCUCUUUUGAUAAAUAAUCCGACAGUAAAAUUAGUUUUGUUAAAAAAUGUUUUUUUCUCUUUCUUUUUUUUCUUUU